AUGGACUAUCUCACCAGCAGAAAGGUCCUUCAUGGAGAUUUGGCUGCACGAAAUCUUCUCCUAUCAAAUAACAAUGUUGUAAAAAUUAGCGACUUUGGUCUGUCAAGAAAAAUGUACAAGAAAGAUGCCUAUAUGAAGAAAGAAGAUGAUUUAAUGCCAAUUAAAUGGCUGUCAGUGGAAGCUAUCCGUGAUCUUAUAUUCAGCGUCCAGAGUGAUGUGUGGGCCUUUGGUGUCACCUUGUGGGAAAUAUUCUCUUUAGGGUCAACACCUUACCCUGGUAUAGAGGUCAACAAGGACUUCUUUAACUUGCUGGAAAACGGCUACCGCAUGGAAAAACCAAAAUAUGCCAACCAACAAAUAUAUGAUUUGCUAAUCCAGUGUUGGGAAAAGGAACCCAUGAACCGGCCAAGCUUCGCUCAAGCUGCUGAACAUCUAGCUGCUCUUAUGUUGCCAGAUCUUACAGGACAUUAUUUGGAAAUGAAUAAUCCGUAUCUGAGGAUGAAUAAGCAGCGGUUCAACACAGAAACUGAUUAUCUGAACAUGAUGUCAAGUCCUGAUUAUGAUAACCUCCACCGGCAAGAUGAUGAUGCCAGGACUGUGUACAUCAACGUAGAGAAAACUGAUGAUAGGAACACUGAGAACAUCUACCUGAAAAUGAAGUCACCAAAAAUGGUAAGAUACUCUGGUGAAGGUAGUGAUCUACUUUCUAUGACUGGAGUGUCCAAUCCUAAUUACAUGACAAAGAAAUCCUCCUGUGGAACUUCAGAUCCAAUGGCUAAUGAGUUUAGUUCUCAACUUAAUAAAUCCCCAGACUCACCGUUGCAAAAGGAGCAAAAUACUCUCAACCAGCAGAGUUUCUAG